AUGGCCAAAGACAGAUCUGUGUCCAAGGACAAGAAGGAGAAGAAGGACAAAAAGGACAAGAAAGAGAAGAAGUCCAAAGACAUAAUCUCCCCGGUCGAGGACGACACAACUAAAGUCUCAAAAUCCUCAAAGAAGGAAAAAAAGGACAAGAAGGCCCCAAAAACUGAGGGCGAUGCCGCUGGGGCUCUCCUCGAGGCAUUGGUCAAGAACGGAGAGGAGACAAAGUCGGGUGAGGGUACCAGCCGCGGCACCGUCGCAAGCGCUAUCAUCUCUGAGGUUACAAAGGCCCAGGGACCAUUGAGCGACCUGCUGGUACCAUUCGCGAAGCCACUCGCGGAUGAGAAGCUGAGUAAGAAGGUGUUGAAGACCGUCAAGAAGGCAUCCAAGAACAAGUCUCUCAAGCGCGGAGUUAAAGAGGUCGUGAAGGCGCUCCGAAAAGCACCCACCGGCACCAAUGCGGCCGCCUCGACCGGGCUCGUUGUCCUCGCCGCUGACAUCUCCCCCAUGGAUGUCAUCUCACACAUCCCUGUUCUGUGCGAGGACCACAACAUUCCGUACAUCUUUGUCACCUCCAGGGCCGAGCUCGGUGCUGCAAGCUCUACCAAGAGGCCUACCAGCGUUGUCAUGAUCGUGCCCGGUAUUGGCGGAAGUAAGGAUAAGAAGAAGAAGAGCAAGAAGAGCAAGGAUGGCGACAAGAUGGAUAUUGUUGAGGAAGAGACCGAUGACGGUUUCAGGGAGGCUUACGAUGAGGCCGUCAAGUUGGUAGAAGCUGCAACGAUUUCAGAUGCUUAG